AGGUGUCCCAACACAAAGCAAAUGUAAAUAGUCAGUUGCUGGUCGCCUUUUAUGGUUAAUAUUGGUUUGAAUUCGCUUGGUAAAUAUAGCUUUUACUGUGAAGUUCUAUUUGUACAGGAAGUCGCUCUUUAAACCGUCUCAGCUUCCGGUGUGGGCGUGUUUCCGUCCUCGUACGGAUCGGCAAUCAUUUUGAUCAGGCUGACGAUGACAUCUUCAUGUUGAUUUGAUCAAUAAUUUUGACCUUUUUUUUUACGUUCAAGUUGGAGCCAAAAAAAUCAAAAUCAGGAGGGAAAAAAAGACAAGGAUGUGGGGAAAGCACUUCCUGGUCGCGCCUCCAUGAUGACGUCAGCGGCUGCGUGAAUCAUCCUUCAUUUCUCCAGGGGGGGUCAGGAUGCUGACAGCGGACGUCAGCGCCGCCAACGAGACCCCCGUGUGACCCCCCGGGCCCGGUUACUAGCUGCCACCAUGGAGGACACCCUGCGGAGGCUCCACAAAGACGCAGCCGGACACAAGCACAAAAACCUCCGCGACGCCUGCUUGUUAGCUUGCGAAACACUCAAGUCCCAGAAUGCAUCAGCCAAGAUGUCGCCAGCUGACCUGCGGGGGCGCUGCCUGUUGCCCCUUCAGAUGGCGCUGGAGUCCAAAAACGUCAAACUGGGACAGACGGCGCUGAGCGGCAUGCAAAAGCUCCUGUGCGAGGACCACUUCGUGGGCGGGGUCAGCGAGGAGGCGGAGCCAGAGGAGAAGCAGCUUCUCAGUCAGAUGCUGGAGGCGGUCAGAGUGACGCCCUUUCUGCACGAGGACCUGCAGGUGGAGGUGAUGAAGGUCCUCCUGUGCGUCACAUAUUCGCCAAACUUUGACAUCAGCGGAGACUCCAUCCUACGCAUCGCACAUGUGUGCAUGGAAACCUACACCAGCAGCUGCCACCAGCGGAGCAUCAACACGGCAGUGCGAGCCACGCUCAGUCAGAUUUUGGGAGACUUGACCCUGCAGCUGCGGCACAGACAGGAGGAAGCAGACGGAGAGGAGCCGGCGACCCUCCCGCUGCAGAGAAAAGACGUGUCGCCCACCAGCCAGGCGCUGUGCGAAGAUGUCGUCAUGGUCCUGACACUUUUCUGUGACAAGCUGGAGUCGGUGGACGCCAGCAACCAGAUGCUGCAGCUGCUCUACCUGGAGUGCAUAUUGUCCAUGCUCAGCAGCUGCCCCCCCACAAUGCACCUGUCCAGAGGCUUCACUGACCUCGUAUGGAAGCAGCUGUGUCCGUCGCUGGUGGCCAUCAUGGGAAACCCUGUCAGCGACAAAACCAUCGCCUCCCACCACGGCCACAUGGGGGCACCAGAGGCCGAGCGACCCAACUUGGGACCCAGCCAGGACCCGGAGUCCGCUGUCGGAGCGCCGUCAGACCAAGGCAGAGGGUCGGGCUGUUCGUCCAGCGCCCCCGCCAGGAUUGCGGCGGUGGUGCGCACCGUGUGCUACGUGGCGGCCGAGCUGGUGCGUCUGGUGAGCUGCGUGGAGUCCAUGAAGCCGGUGCUGCAGUCGCUCUACCACAGAAUCCUCCUCUACCCGCCCCCUCAGCACCGCACCGAGGCCAUCCGCAUCAUGAAGGAGAUUUUGGGAAGUCCGCAGAGAUUGUUCGACCUGGCGGGGCCGUGCGUGGCGGAGCCUGAGAGCAGGAAGCGCUCUUUCUCCAAGAGGAAGUCUCACCUGGACCUGCUGCGACUGGUGAUGGACGGCAUGACGGAGGCGUGUGUCAAGGGAGGCAUGGAGGCGUGUUUCUGGUCCGUGUCCUGCACCUGUGCUCUGCUCAAAGCCUUGGAGGACCUGUCGCAGGGGCGGGGCCUCACGCCCGAGCAGGCCUGCCUCGUCCUACGGCGCAUGGAGGAGCUGAAAGACGGGACGGAGUCGACGCGGGAGUCCAUGGAGGUCAACGAGGCCGACUUCCUGUGGCAGAGACACCUCCUGUCCUCCGAGGGAGCGCCCUGGGACGCCUCCUCCAACGCGGCGCCGGCCGUCGAGCGCAGUCCCGACAUUAGCAUUAGCAUCACCACGGACACGGGCCACACCACUUUGGACCUGGAGCCGGGACUGCCGUCGCCCUCCGCUGGCGAUCUGGAGUAUGACGGGCCGGACUCCGAGAAGGCCGUUCAGCGGGAAGGGGGAGGAGACGGGAAGGACUCGGACGCCAGGGGCGGGGCCCAAAGAGGAGGGGCGGUUCCUCCUGAUGUCGUGCAGCGAAGCCACGCCCUCGUCUACCCCGACAUCACCAACUUCCUGUCUGUGGAGUCCAGGACCAGGUGGCACCAUGGAGGAGACUCACGAUACAGUGAGAGCAACUUCAGUGUGGAGGAGCAGGACUUGUCCCGGACCGAGCUGGACUCGUGUGACCAGUACUCCAUGGCGGCCGAGAAGGACUCGGGUCGCUCCGACGUGUCGGACAUGGGUUCCGACAACGUGUCGCUGGCCGACGAGGACGAGCACACCCCCCGGGAGUUUUUGGGCCAGCGCUCUCUGCGUACCGCCGCGCUCUCGCUCAAGCUGCUGCGCAACCAGGAGGCGGACCAACACAGCGCUGGCCUGUUCGUGCAGUCGCUGGCGGCGCUGCUGCCCCGCCUCCUGGCGCUGAGCACCGGCCCUGCGGUGGACCAGCUGCUCCAGAGCUUCUCGCACACCUUCUGCUCCGGACUCCAAGCCGGUGGCAUUCCCUCGCCGGGUGCGGAGGCGGGGCUGACGCUGAGCUGCCAAUCGCUGAUGAACGCCGACGGCAUCUACCUACUGUCCUUCUACGCCCUGCUGCUCAACCUCAAGCUCUGCAACUGCCUCUUCUACCAGCGCAGGACGCUGCCGCCCGCGCUCGGCCUGAAGGAGUUUGUGCGCCUGGUCCAGAGCAGCGGCGUGCUGGUGGUCUUGUCUCAGGCCUGGAUCCAGGAGGUCUACCACCUGGUCCUGGGGAGAGACCUGCUGGGCCAAGCGGGCUACUGGGGAUCCCAGGAGGAGUGCACGCCGCCUCUCAUCGCCAUGCUGACUGACAUGGAUGGUCUGGGCAGCUGUGUGAUUGGUGGUCAGCUGAUCAGGACGUCCAGCCAAUCAUCUCUCACCUGCGACGCAGCAGCGGGCGACGUCGUCGUGACGGGGGGCGGGGUCUUCUCCCGCUUCAUCCUGUGGGGAGUGUGGAAGAACCUGAUGGAGGUCUUGUCCACGCCGCUGACGGGCCGCAUGGCCGGCAGUUCCAAGGGGCUGGGCUUCGUGCGAGAGCAGAGCCAGAGGGAGCGCGACGCCAUUUGUCUCAGUUUGGACGGCCUGCGCAAGGCCGCCGCGCUCAGCUGCGCCCUCGGUGUGGCCGCCAACUGCGCCUCGGCCUUGGCCCAAAUGGCCGCCGCCUCUUGCGUGCAGGAAGAGCGCGAGGAAAGGGAGGGGUCGGAGGCGGGAGACGCCAUCACACAAGUGAAGCAGCGUCUGGAGCAGAUGGCGCGUCCUCAAGGUGUUCGCCUGCACACGGCGCACGUGCUGUGCAUGGACGCCAUCUUGAACGUGGGCUUGGAGAUGGCCAGUCACAACCACGACUGCUGGCCACACGUCUUCAGGGUGACGGAGUACAUCAGCUCCCUGGAGCACAGUCACUUCGGCGACGCCUCCUCUCAGCCGCCGCCGCUGCCUACCGUCGCCCAGCGCGGGGACCCAGAGCCCACCUGCGAGCCCCAAGACCAGGCUCCAGAGCCGGGCCCCGGAUUGCCGGUCAUCCGGCCGCCAACCAUCCAGGAGCUGCUCGGCGGCGGAGGAGGGCGGAGUCUGGACCUGAAGGCCGGGAUCCUGAUGACGGGGCCCGGCGCCGCCAAGGCGAUUUGUACACUGUCGACGCAGACGGACAGGUUGUUUGAGGAAGCUGCGUCCAAACUGAACCUGGUGGCUCUGGUGGGCUUCCUGCAGCAGCUGCGGAAGGCGUCUCAGUGUCAGUUGUUUGAUUCUGCCACAGAGACGGGCGAUUAUUCACUGGCAAUGCCUGGAGAAGCAAAGUCCACGUUGGAGCGCCACAGCGCCCUCCAUCUCUUCCGUCUGGGCGAAGCCAUGCUGCGUAUCGCCAGAAACAAAGAUCGUCCGCUGCUCCACAUGAUGAGGGCGUGGAGUGUGGUGGCGCCACACCUGGUGGAGGCGGCGUGUCACAAAGAGCGCCACGUAUCCCGGAAGGCCGUCUCCUUCAUCCACGACGUCCUGACGGAGGUUCUGACCGGCUGGGUGGAGCCGCCGCACUUCCACUUUAACGAAGCGCUCUUCAGACCCUUUGAGCACAUCAUGCAGUUGGAGCUGUGCGACGAGGACGUCCAAGACCAGGUGGUGACGUCCAUCGGCGAGCUGGUGGAGAUGUGUUCGCCUAACAUCCUGUCCGGAUGGCGGCCUCUUUUCAGCGCUCUGAGGACCGUGCACGGCGCCAAGAUGGAGGUCAAAGACUACCUGCUGGGAGAAUAUUCCGUGGGCGUCAAGUGUCAGGCACCCGUCUUUGAUGUCUUUGAGGCGUUCAUCAGCACGGACAACAUACAGGUGUUUGCCAACGCCGCCACAGACUACAUCAUGUGCCUGAUGAAGUUCGUCAAAGGGUUAGGCGAGGUGGACUACAGGGAGAUCGGCGACUGUGUCCAGACGUCGUCUUUCAGCUCCACCGACCUCUGCCUGCCGGCGCUCGACUACCUGCACAGAUGUUCUCAGCUGCUGGCCAACAUUUACAAGAUGCCGUCGAAGCCCGUCUUCCUGGGGGCGCGCCUCGCCAGCCUACCCUCUAGGACAUACGAACACUCGACGGGCAGCGAGGACGGCCUGGACGGCGUCCUGCAGGAGUUUGACGACGACACGGGUCUGAUCCAGGUGUGGAUCCUGCUGUUAGAACAGCUGACGGCGGCCGUCUCCAACUGUCCUCGUCAACACCAGCCGCCCACCUUGGAGAUACUCUUCCUGCUGCUGCGAGAGGUCGCCGUCGUGCCAGGUCCGGGCUUCGCCAUCUUUGCCGUGGUCCAGCUGUUGAUUCCUGUGAUGUCGCUGUGGCUACAGCGUAGCCACGGCGACCACGCCUACUGGGACGUGGCGGCGGCCAACUUCAAACACGCCAUCGGACUGUGCUGCGAGCUGGUGGUUGAGCACGUCAACACCUUCAUACACACAGAUGUGGGCUGUGAGUCUCUGAUCAACGUGAUGCUGAGGGACGUCUUCAAGCUGCUGGUGGCUUGUGUGUCUCAAGCGGCAGAGAGCAUCUCCAGAGUGGGCUGCUCCUGCAUCAGGUAUGUUCUGGUGACAGUGGGUCCCGUGUUCACUGAGGAAAUGUGGAGGUUGGCAUGCUGUGCCUUGCAGGACGCCUUCUCUGCUACCUUAGAACCCGUCAAGAACCUUCUGGCGUGUUUUCGGAGCGGUUCUGACAGUUUCUGCGGAGACGCCUGUGAGGUCAAAGUGGCCGCCCCUUCGUCCUCGCCAGCAGCGGAGGCCGAGUACUUGAGGAUCAAAGCCAUGGCCCAGCAGGUGUUCAUGUUGGACAGUCAAUGUUCUCCAAAGACACCCAACAACAAGGACGGUUUUGAGCACGCUCAGUCGUGUGUUUUGAUCAUUGAGCUGCCACCUGACCACCACUCCACUGGGCAUGCUCCGAAGAGGAUUCCGUUCAGGACCAUCGUGGUCAGCCUGCUGUCCCAUCAGGUUCUGCUCCAGAACCUGUCCGACAUCCUCUUGGAGGAGUUUGUCAAGCAGCCCGAAGGUCAGGAGAGGGCGACGCCCGUCACCCCUGACCCCGGGCGACCCGCGGCGGGCUUCCUGCGCUACGUGUCCAUGACCAACCUGUCCAUCAUCCUGGACCUGCUGCUGGACUCGUACAGGACGGCGCGAGACUUUGACACCCGCCCGGGCCUCAAGUACCUGCUGAUGAAGGUGUCGGGCGUGUGCGGCGCCGCCAACCUCUACCGCCAGUCGGCCAUGAGCUUCAACCUUUACGUGCAGACGCUGCUGAGCGCCAUCUUGAGCCAGUCGGACGCCAUGACGGCCCAGCAGGUGAAGAAGAUGCUGUACGAGGAAGAGGAGGGAAGCUCCGACUCUUCUCAUCCUGGAUCAGCGUCCUCAGAGGACGAGGACAUCUUUGAAGAGACAGCACAGGUGAGUCCCCCCCGCGGACGGGACCAGCGCCACCAGUGGCGAGCCGCCAUGACGUCCCUGAGCGUGGCGCCAGGGGGCGGCGCCGACUGGGCGUGGCUGGUCAAGCGUCUCCACAAGCUGUGCGCGGACUUGUGCAGCAGCUACAUCCAGAUGCACCGCGACCUGGAGAGCGCGCUGGAGGACACGCCCCCUCCGCCGCCGCCCCGUGGCGCCGAUCCCGCCUUCUUCCUGCCGCUCUUCCAGUCCGAGGCCUCCACCCCCACGUCGCCGAGUCAGACGGCGGAGACGAGUACGGCGUCGCCGGGGGACACGCCCACUCAGAGUCCAGGAUACAGCUGCACAGGAAGUCUCCCUCACAGCUUCCUGAGCGGGCGGAACGCGUCUUGGGGCCGAAGGAAGGACUGGUGGGAGAGCGCGGGCAGCAAACUGUACUCCAUGGCGGCGGACCGGAGCUUCAGCAAGCUGGUGAGCGACUACAAGCGCAGGAAGCAGCAGAACCACCUCCACCGCGGCGCCGGGGAGGGGAGGGGCUCGGUGGAGCCGCCCCAGAGGCCCCAGCAGCUGGUGGACCAGCAAGGACCCCCGCUGAGGCACUCGGUCAGCGCCGGACCAGAAGUCCUGAGGCAGGAGAACCGCUCGCGUUCCGGCUCCACCUUCAGUUCUCACGGCGUGUCUCUGAGGGACGCCGAGGCCCAGAUCCAGGCCUGGACCAACAUGGUGCUGACCGUCCUCAACCAGGUCCUCCUGUUGUCCGACUCCGCCUUCCUGGCGCUGCAGCCGGCGCUCUACCCCAGCCUCAGCCAGCUGACGUGCCACGUGGCCGACGCCCGCGUGCGCCAAGCGCUGCGUGAGUGGCUGGGCCGCGUGGGGAGACUCUAUGACAUCGUCGCCUGACCGGCAAGACGGCGUCAGCCUCGCCACUCGGCGCCGCUAACUUCGCGAUGAGCCCAAAGAUGAUGAUGUCGCUUGUACGAAAUAUUAUUUAUCACUUCCUGUAUUUCAUGUGCGUGUUCUCCGCUUGAUUAAACAUUGUGAUGAGCAGCACUCGACCAAUCAGCGCUGACCCAGUGCAGACGGAAGGGGCGGAGCCUUCAUAGCGGGGUUUUGAUCAUGUGACUCACCCUUGACUUAUGGAACGUCCUGGCAGAGUUUAUGGCGUCCAAUAAGAACACGGUUGAGUCGGAUCUUAAAGAGUCGUUCAAGACCACCAAUCAGCGCUGACCCAGUGCAGACGGGAGGGGCGGAGCCUUAAUAGCGGGUUUUUGAUCAUGCGAGUCACCCUUGACUUAUGGAACGUUCUGGCCGACUUUAUGGCGUUCAAUAAGAACACGGUUGAGUCGGAUCUUAAAGAGUCGUUAAAGUCGACCAAUCAGCGCUGACCCAGUGCAGACGGGAGGGGCGGAGCCUUCAUAACGUGGUUUUGAUCAUGUGACUCACCCUUGACUUAUGGAACGUUCUGGCCGAGUUUAUGGCGUCCAAUAAGAACACGGUUGAGUCGGAUCUUAAAGAGUCGUUCAUGUCAACCAGUCAGCGCUGACCCAGUGCAGACAGGAGGGGCGGAGCCUUCAUAACGUGGUUUUGAUCAUGUGACUCACCCUUGACUUAUGGAACGUUCUGGCCGAGUUUAUGGCGUCCAAUAAGAACACGGUUGAGUCGGAUCUUAAAGAGUCGUUCAAGUUGACCAAUCAGCGCUGACCCAGUGCAGACGGGAGGGGCGGAGCCUUCAUGACGUGGCUUUGAUCAUGUGACUCACCCUUGACUUAUGGAACGUUCUGGCCGAGUUUAUGGCGUCCAAUUAGAACACUAUUUAAGACUCUUUGAAGAGAGUCGGAUCUUAAAGAGUCGUUUAAGUCGACCAAUCAGCGCUGACCCAGUGCAGAGGGGAGGGGCGGAGCCUUCAUAGCGGGUUUUUGAUCAUGUGACUCACCCUUGGCUUAUGGAAAGUUCUGGCCGAGUUUAUGGCAUCCAAUAAGAACACGAUUUAGGACUCUUUGAAGAGAGUCGGAUCUUAAAGAGUCGUUCAAGUCGACCAAUCAGCGCUGACCCAGUGCAGACGGGAGGGGCGGAGCCUUCAUGACGUGGUUUUGAUCAUGUGACUCACCCUUGACUUAUGGAACGUUCUGGCCGAGUUUAUGGCGUCCAAUAAGAACACGGUUGAGUCGGAUCUUAAAGAGUCGUUCAAGUCGACCAGUCAGCGCUGACCCAGUGCAGACGGGAGGGGCGGAGCCUUCAUGACGUGGUUUUGAUCAUGUGACUCACCCUUGACUUAUGGAACGUUCUGGCCGAGUUUAUGGCGUCCAAUUAGAACACUAUUUAAGACUCUUUCAAGAGAGUCGGAUCUUAAAGAGUCGUUCAAGUCGACCAAUCAGCGCUGACCCAGUGCAGACGGGAGGGGCGGAGCCUUAAUAGCGGGUUUUUGAUCAUGUGACUCACCCUUGGCUUAUGGA